AUGAUUUAUGAUAAAAUUGAAGAGUCUAAAUUAACUGUAGGUAAGCCUAAUAAUUUUAAAAACUCUUCUAAAUUUUUGUAUCCUAUUUUUUAUGAAGAUUCUGAAUUACUUUUUACUUUGAAAAAUAAAUUUUAUAUUGUUGAUACUGUCCAAAUCAACAAUUUUAAUAAAGAAUUUAUUGAAAUAAAAUCUAAACAAUUAGAUGAACAAAUUAAUAAAGUAGCUAACAAAUUUAAUGUUUCUAUUGAUGAUAAUAAGAAAUAUGUUAUUAAUGACAAAACUGUUAUUAAAGAUGCUAAAAUAGAUGAUUUAAGAAACAAUAGAUUUAAAGCUUUAAUUAGUAUUUCUAUUCCUACUUAUUAUGAAGAUAAAAACGAUGUUAAAACUUCUUUGCAAUUAUACAUCAAAGAAAUAAUUGUGUUAGAAUUGAUUUCUAGUGAAAUAGAAUAUGAAAUGACUAAAUUAUCAUUAGCUAUUUGA